AUGGAGUUAGUCAACGUAGUUGUGGAUGACAACUCUAAGGAGAUGGCCAAAAAUGAACUUAACAACCUUAUCGGGAAGGCUGAAGAAAACUCAACUGAUCAAGAGGACCUAGAUCUAAUGGAACCAGCUACACCAAGCUCAGUUUCACACCAUGAAAAAGAGUCCUCUAAAAAUUCUACAGGUAAGAGCAUUGAUCCUACUCUGUAUAGAAGUAUGAUAGGAAGUCUUCUUUACAUUACUGCUAGCAGACCUGACAUUGCUUUUAGUGUAGGUGUUUGUGCACGAUAUCAGGCUAAUCCAAAAGAAUCACACCUCACAACAGUAAAAAGAAUCUUGAAAUACCUGAGUGCUACUGUUGACUAUGGCAUAUGGUAUUCAAAAGAUUCAAAUCUAAAUCUGGUUGGCUAUUCUGAUGCUGCUGAAUGCUGA